UGUGGUUGCCAGGAAUUGAACUCAGGACCUCUGGAAGAACAGUCCGUGCUCUUAACCGCUGAGCCAUCUCUCCAGCCCUAUCUCCCAAGUUCUAAAAUUAAAGCUGUGCACCAAUAUGAGUAUUCAACUGUUGGGUUUUCUUCCAUGUUCUGUUGACAGUCAGUGGUGUGAAUUUAGGCUUGUUCCACGAGGAAUGGCAAUGCCUGGAGCCUUCCCUGUGGCAUGGUACAGGAUGUUGCAGAAUUGUAGCAGUAUGGCUUCCAUGGCUAAGAACUAUCCUUGUAGUCUCCAUUGCUCCUCCUGAGCAUUUUUUGACAAACUAAUUGGCAAGUGUGUGAGCUUGUGUGCAUGAGUCUCAGAUCCCACAGAAUAAAUGAAAUCCUCAAAGGGAAAAAAAUGCAUGUGAUGUUCUGCCUUCUUCCUGUGUGUCCUUUUGGAAGCUGUAAGCUUCCACGAUUAUUGGUUCAUAUUAAAUUCAGAACCUCACUAGUGUAUAAUCUCUUCCUAAUCAUUCAGUACCAUUUCUCGCACUCAGUUUUGACUGAGCUAGGAUUGGAUGUUGGAUUCAAGAGAUGCCAACUAAAAAGUUUUUAUAAUAUUGCCAGUAUUGUGACAUUGCAUGACAGUAAGGAAAUCAUUUGUGUAUUCCUGUAUUUAGUUUUAUCUUCAUCUACUGAGCACAGUACUGUGUGAGAAAUCCAGGGGCUUCCUAAACAAUCUCUUUCUCAUGUGCAGGGUUCACUGAUCACCCAGACCUGCUCACCUAUGCAGCAGAACAGAGGGGACCUGGAAGGACAGAGCCAAGUAAGCCAUGUGUUCAUUGUUCCAGAAAGAGAAACUCAAAGAAGUGAAACAGUAAGAAAUGGCUAAUUCUCCAGUAAAUAUGUCUCAGGAUGGGUUGACCUUCAGGGAUGUAGCAGUGGACUUCUCCCAGGAGGAGUGGCAAUGCCUCGACUCUGGUCAGAGGGCUUUGUGCAUUGAUGUGAUGUUGGAGAAUUACAGCAACCUGGACUUUGUGGAGAACUAUUACAAGUGUGAUCCUGUCCAUCAGCAUGUGAAGACUGAAAAGGAGUCUUGUCAGUGUAAUGACCUUGGCAAAGCCCCUCAUGACCCCGCCACAUGUGCACUUUAUAGAACAAGUGAAACUACAGAAAAUUCCAAUAACUACACAUAUAGUAAUCACAGGGAUGCCUCUGUUGACUCAUCAAACACAGAGAGGCAUGAAAUUAUGUACACUGGAGAAGAACCUUGCCUAUCUAAAGACUGUGAGAAAUCCUUAAAUUUGAGUUCCAACUUUACUCAAGAUCGGAGACUCAACACUGCUGAGAAAGAGCACAGGCAGGAGGAAGGUGAUGACUCUUUGAGCUCUGCAUCCAGGAUUUUGCAACAACCAGUUUACAUUGAAGAAUAUCCACACCAGUGUGGUAAAUGCAAGAAAUGCUUCAGGACUGCCUCUUACCUCACUGAUCAUGAGAGAAUUCAUACUGGAAUUGCACCCUGCCAAAGCCUUCAUAUUGUGGAGAAACUUUACACAUGUAUGGAAUGUGACAUGUCCUCAACUUGGAAUUCACAAUUUAGAAGACAUAAGAGAGUUCAAACAGGAGAGAGACCUAACAGUUGUAUGCAAUGUAACAAGUCUUAUACCCGGAUCUCACUUCUUAGAACACAUCAGAGAAUUUGUACUACAGAGAGAUCUUACAAAUGUAUGGAAUGUGACAUGUCCUGGGAUUCAUAUCUUAGAAGACAUCAGAGAGUUCACACAGAAGAGAGACCUUACAAAUGCAGAGAAUGUGACAAGUCCUUUACCUGGAAUUCAGAUCUUAGAAGACAUCAGAGAGUUCACACAGGAGAGAGACCUUUUAAAUGCAGAGAAUGUGACAAGUCCUUUACCCGGAAUUCAGAUCUUAAUAUACAUCAGAGAGUUCAUACUGGAGAGAGACCUUACAAAUGCAGAGAAUGUGACAAGUCCUUUAUCUGCAAUUCAGAUCUUAGAAGACAUCAGAGAGUUCACGAACGAGAGAGACCUUUCAAAUGCAGAGAAUGUGACAAGUCCUUUACCCGGAACUCACGUCUUAAUAUACAUCAGAGAGUUCAUACUGGAGAGAGACCUUACAAAUGCAGAGAAUGUGACAAGUCCUUUAUCUGCAAUUCAGAUCUUAGAACACAUCAGAGAGUUCAUACUGGGGAAAAAUCUUACAAGUGUAUGGAAUGUGACAAAUCCUUUAGGUGGUAUUCCCAUCUUCGAAAACAUCACCAAGUUCAUACUAGGGAAAAACCUUACAAAUGCAUGCAGUGUGACAAGUGCUUUAACCAGCUCUCCCUUCUUAGAAUACAUGAGAGAAUUCAUACUGGAGAGAGACCUUACAAAUGUAUGGAAUGUGACAAAUCUUUUACCCGGAACUCACAUCUUAAAAAACAUCAGAGAGUUCAUACUGGAGAGCGACCUUGCAAAUGUAAGGAAUGUGACAAGUCCUUUAUCUGUGAUUCAGAUCUUAGAAAACAUCAGAGAGUUCAUACUGGGGAAAAACCUUACAAAUGUAUGGAAUGUGACAAGUCCUUUAUCUGGAAAUCAGAUCUUAAAACACAUCAGAGAGUUCAUACUGGGGAAAAACCUUACAAGUGUAUGGAAUGUGACAAAUCGUUUACCCAGAAUUCACAUCUUAAUAUACAUCAGAGAAUUCAUACUGGAGAGAGACCUUACAAAGAUAUGGAAUGUGACAAGUCCAUUAGCUGGGAUUCACAUCUUGGAAAACAUCAGAGUUCACACUAGGGAAAAAGCUUACAAAUGUAUGCAAUGUGACAAGUCCUUUACCAGGAAUGCAAAUUUAGAAUACAUCAGAGUUCACAUUGAGCAGAAAUCUUAUACAUGUAUUGAAUGCUAGAAGUCCUUUACCAAGAUGUCACAUUUUAUAAGACAUCAUAUGGUCCAUACUGGAGAGAGACCUUGGAGUUGUCAGAAAUGUGACAAAUCUUUCAUUAGAUGGAAAUAUCUUGGAACACAUCAGAAUAUUCAUACUGGAAAGAAAAUUUACAAAUGUUAAAGCUGACAUAACCUUUAUCCAUAUUACAAGUCUUAACAGAUGGAGAGAAAAAUCCCAUUGCAAAUACUGUGACUUGCCAUUUUCUGGUAUUCCAAGCUUACAAAUACAACUGUAUACAUAAUAGAAACAUAAAGAUAAGAAACUUAUUAAAACCUUAUUUAACCUUUUGUGAGGUUAAUCUUAGAAAAUAUCACAGAGUUUAUGCCAAAUUAAAAUUCUCUCAAUGUUA